CGGAGUGGCCAAGUGUGGAACAGAAAGAACUGUUGGUGUUGUUCUCAGUGCUAACCGCUUUUACCCCAAUUCGCACGUUUCGCCCCAAACCCCUACAUGUAACGUGUUUGUGCUUUUCUUUAGUUUCCCAAUUUUGCGUGAUAUGGAACGGCGAGGUUUUGGUUUUUAUACGAAAAGGUCUCAACACUACGACAAUCUUCAACAGGCUGACAGUCAACAGAAGCAACCUCUCAAGGACUCCACGAAUACCAGCCCUUCAUCAAAACAAUCGAAAUUCAACAACAACGACGAAGAGCAAAAUUGUAACCAAGAACCGGAAUCUACUCAACGCGAUCCUAACGAAACCAACAACAAUCAACCAGCCAGUAGUUCCCUACAGCGUUUAGAGACCCUAGCCCAAAAAGCAGGAAUCCACGACAUAACCGCCGACGACUGUAAAUAUGACAUCGCCAACACCCUGUUAAAUCUAGAUAGAGGCCACGACAACUUGAGACAAGAAACGAAUCACCAAUCGAACAUGAGUGAAAUGAAAAGUCAGCAACAGCAAAUGGCCGAGGCUAAUGCCCAGGCCCAAGCUCAAGCCCAAGCACAAGCGCAGGCUCAAGCUCAAGUGCAAGCCCAGGCUCAAGCGCAAGCCCAGGUCGUACAACAGCAGCAGCAGAUGCAACAAGUCGCGUUGCAGCAGCAGCAGGAACAGCAAGCUCUGGCUCCCGCACAGAGCCCUCACCUGCAGCAAGUCACUGUGGCGACUUCGAUGGGACCGCCACAGCACACGGUUUCCAUGCACCAGCAGGUUGCCCAGCAGGGCCAAGUAAUACAGACGCAGGGAGGGCAGGUUUUGGCCACUGCCCAAACGGGAAGUGCCACUAUUACCACAAUGUCUCCGUUGCAGCAGAGUCAAGCGCAUCCACAGCAAAUUAGCGCCGACUGGAGCCAUGGAAGGGUGCAAGUGAUCCAACAACCGCUUCAAAAUCCCACUUAUUUGCCACAAGUGUAUAAUACUCAGCAAGGGCAGCUUAUUAUGCCCAGCAAUAUUGCGUUGCAUCCUAGCAUUAAUCCGCAGCAAAUUCAGGUGAUUACGAAGCCGUUCCAAGGAAACCAGCUGACUCCUCAAAUGUUAACGACUGCGCAAGGAAAGCACGUGCUGCAGGGAAGUCAAGCAGCUACAUUCCCUGGAUACACCACGAUUCCUACGAUUCCGACAACGCAAAACCAACAAACUUUGGUGCUAAGUCAAUUGGGCGUGAUCAGUUCACAACCUAACAUCUUGCCGAAUCAUUCCGCAACGGGAAAUGGCCAAGUGGCGCAGCAGAAACAGCAGGAUAUGCAUAAAGUAAUAUCCGGACAAAAGAUAAUGCAAAAAGUGGCAAGUAGUACGGGUGCAGUAGCUCAAACCCAACAAGGACAAUGCGUACAAGUUUCUCAAGCAAUGCUCGGCUCACAGCCGACUGCCCAAAUUAUCAGUCCGAUACAACCUGGAGGACAACCCAUGCAGUUCGCCGCUCCUUGGCACUUUACGAACGGUCUCCAACAAGUUUGGACUACCAACGGUAUUCAGUCCCAAGCUUUGCUGGCCGCUCCCAAUCCGAUUUUCAUCAGAGGUACUCCGCCAGAUGGAUCUCCGGCGCAAGGAAUGUUCAUACAACAAAGUCCGCAAGCUACAACUAUUCAAACUCAACAAAAUCCCACGAUCGCCACCCAAGGAAAUGUGCAACAGAUCAAUAAACCUAGACCAGCGAACGAAAACAUUCAACCAAAGCAACCCACAAGUAGGCCGUUAAGCAUUCUACCGUCCAACACGGCUAACAUUAGGCCGGCUAGUUCUGUUCAAACGCAAACUAUAGCAGCACAAACCCCUGCUUCGAUGGGAGGGAAACUUGGCACGAGAAUAAGAACGAAAGCGCCGCAGAUUCGGACGUCUCCAGCACCAAAAGCGGAUGCGUCUAAUCAAACGCAGAUUAAGCCCUACGCAAAUAUACAGCAACAUCAUUUGGUUGGCAAUAACGAUUUGUUUUGUAGAAUGGUUGUUAUGAAUACAUCAACGGGCAUGACGCCUGUGACGCCUGGGUCUCCCGUGCCUGUCGAUAAAGGUCAGCAAAUGACCAAUCAGAAUAAACCUCAGCAAGUACAACAGACCCAGCAGCAGCAGCAGCAGCAGCAACAGUCUCAGCAACAACAGCAGCAACAGCAAAAUCAACAACAAACUGUGUUGAUGCAACAACAAGCCAUUCAACAACAUGCGAUUCAACAGCAGCUGCAAUUCCAGCAAGGACAACCUCCACACAUCCAACCCAAACCAGUAAUGAUGCAAACAAUCCAAGGAAUUCCCCAGCAACAAAUUCAAAUGGCUGGAGAAAGACCAAUAAUGCCAGUGGUCUCCAUGUCUCAAGCUGGAGCCCAACAAGUACAACAAGCAAUUCAACAAACAAUCCCUGGAACCCUACAACAAAGCUUACCAUUGCAGCCCAAUUUAGCAGUGACGCAUCAACCAAUGCCCAUGGGCAUGUUACAUUCGCAACUUACUCAGAUGGGACCGACUGGAGCGAUUAUUGGCCAAAUUCAAACUUCAACCCAACCAACAACGAUGCAAGUUACAGCAAGUCCGUCGCAAGUACAACAGCUUCAACCAGGAACUCAACAAACUAUCACUAUUUCUGCCCCCCAACAAGUCCCCCUGCCUCCAACUGUUCCUCCAGUGAAAAUGGAAACCCAAGGUGAAACCGCAACCACAACAGAUAAUCUCGUGCAAGGACCCGCUCCCGUUAUUGCAGAAUCUACCAAAGAAACCACAAGCGAGGUGCCUUUACCACCACCACCACCCGAUGGCAAAGAAGCAAUUCCGUCCCUUGAGCCUAAACCCCAGCAAAGCACUAGCACUGAGACUACCGGUGUUCAACCGGUACCGAUACCAGGUACGGUUCCAACGCAACCGUCAAACACAUCAGUAGCUGAAAAUGGUCUUCCCAUAGCUACAACUGCUGAAGAGGUGAAAGAACGUUGCCCUCCUAAGGCGAUGGUCAAACCGCAAGUUUUAACCCACGUGAUCGAAGAUUUCGUUAUCUUGGAAUCUUCAGAACCUUUCCCGGUUACCAGAAGUGCUCUUUUGGGUGAUUUGAAGCCGACUCAGUCUUCCAACGACAAAGACAUGGAUGAACCUCCGCGGAAGAAACGAGCGAGUUCUCCCUCCAGUAAUGGAAUUGGAAUGUCGCCUAAAGGUGAAAUGGCCAAAUGUGAAGCUUGCGGCACAGUGGACUUACGCGCCAAGUUCAAGAAGAACAAACGUUUCUGUUCUCUGACCUGCGCUAAAAGCGGCAAAUAUAAAUCAGACGACAAGAAAGGUUGGGAUAAGGACAGUUCUAUGGAAGUGGACGUGGAUUCGGGCGCUUCUGGCGCUGAAAGUAGUUUAAGCCCGAAUGAAGGCUCAGACGUCAUGCCUAAAGUGGAUCCCUUGAAAUGGACGGUGGAGGAGGUGUGCGACUUCAUUAAAAAUUUACCGGGAUGUUCUGAUUAUGCAGAAGAUUUCCUGAUUCAGGAAAUUGAUGGGCAGGCUUUGAUGUUGUUGAAGGCAGAUCAUUUGAUGUCGGCGAUGGCGAUGAAGUUGGGUCCGGCGUUAAAAAUUGUUGCGAAAAUAGACGAUAUGAGAAUUGACAAAGAGCCGCCCAAACAGAAUUAAAGUAUUAUUAUUAGUUAAUUUAGACGUUAUUUAAUUAAUAACUUUAAGAGUAUUUAUAUAAUUUGUUUAAGACUGUCGAAUGAUCUGAUAUCUUUACCGGGUGAGUGAGACGCUAAUGAUCGAAAUGAAUUUUUGGUUUUAUCUUUUUAAUGAUUCCCACGUAUGUGCAUACAAGAAAAUUUUAAAUUGUCCUAUUCAUUUUGUGUUUUUAUCAGGUUGAAAGUUAAUUUUUAAGUUCGGAACGAGUCAUUUUUAUUUUAUAUAGGAAAUACCACUGUACAUAUGUGUAAACAAUUUUUUUUAUUUUAAAUUUUUUAAAUGUACAUAGAUAAAUAUAUGAAAAAAUCUGAAGUCUUUAUAAUAGCAAAUAUCUAAUU